UUUACAUCCGUUGGGAGAUGCUCCCGGCUCAGCUCCCCUCUCUCCUCUAGAUCUCCCGGCGCAACAAACGCAAGGCCACCGGCGCCUCCGCGCAUCCGCAGUCGCCGCCUCUGCGAUCUUGCCCGCCGCCGCCGCCGCUGCCGCCCCGAGAGAUGGCAAAGGCAUUUUACGCGGUGGGGUUCUGGAUCCGGGAGACCGGUCAGGCCCUCGACCGCCUCGGCUGCCGCCUCCAGGGGAACUACUUCUUCCACGAGCAGAUUUCAGGGCAUCGCACACUUAUGAACAUCUUUGACAAAGCCCCUCAUGUUCACAAAGAGGCAUUUGUCGCUCCAAGUGCAUCCCUUAUUGGUGAUGUUGAAGUUGGACAAGGGUCUUCAAUUUGGUACGGCUGCGUCUUAAGAGGGGAUGCAAAUAACGUUCAAGUUGGAUCUGGGACGAAUAUACAGGACAAUUCUGUUGUGCAUGUGGCAAAAUCUAAUCUAACUGGGAAAGUCUUUCCAACCAUCAUUGGAGACAAUGUCACAGUAGGACAUAGUGCUGUAUUACAAGGAUGCACUGUUGAGGAUGAAGCUUUUGUUGGUAUGGGAGCAACCCUGUUAGAUGGUGUUGUUGUGGAAAAGCAUGGGAUGGUUGCUGCUGGAGCCCUUGUAAGACAGAACACAAGGAUCCCUUGUGGAGAGGUAUGGGGCGGAAACCCUGCGAAAUUUCUGAGGAAGCUCACAGAUGAGGAGAUUGCUUUCAUUGCGGAAUCAGCUGCCAACUAUUCCAACUUAGCCAAGGCACACGCUGUUGAGAAUGCCAAGCCCUUGGAAAAGAUUGAUUUUGAGAAAGUGCUGCGCAAGAAAUUCACUCACCAUGACGAGGAACACGAUUCCAUGCUUAGUGGCACUCGAGAGGUCCCUCCAGAGCUGGCGCCACCCAGCCCUACCCCUGCUCAAUAAGCUUUGGUUAUCUGUUUUUUUUUCCUUUCUUUGGUGCCUUCACCGUCUUCAGUUUGAAUUCUUAUUAUAUCUUUAUCUGUGCGGUGAGUUUGGCAGUUUACCUUUCUUUCAAUAAUUUUGGGUCGAGCAAUGCUCUAAAGCUGACCAUGUAGUUCAGUUUUUGUAUUCCAUAAGUUUUAAGAUCUAUGGAACAAACAGAACCAUUUCACACAAAUUUACCAGUAGCGUUCACUGCAUGCA